AUGAGAAAAGAAAAUAAUCCUUUGUUUGAUAACGGAGAACAAGCACCAUUAAAAGCCUUAAUUUUUGAUUUGCUUUAUAAUCAAUACCGAGGAGUAAUUAUUUAUGUGCGUAUUUUUUCAGGAGAAUUGAAAGUAAAACAAAAAAUCAAAUUUUUCAGCAACCAAAAAAUCUACCAAGUAGAAAAAAUAGGAGUAAAAACUCCCCAAGAAGUAGAAAAAGACCGCUUAAUAACUGAAAUUAGAGAUACCCAAGCCGGGGAUACUAUUGUCGAUAUUAACACCGAAAACCCAACUCCUUUGCCUGGCUACCAAAAACUAAAACCCAAUAUUUAUUCUAAUCUUUAUCCAAAUGAUAGUUCGGAAUUCAAUGAAUUUAAAAAAGCCCUUUUAGAAUUACAAUUACAAGACAGUUCUUUAACUUUGGAAGGCAUUGAAUCGAACAUUUUAGGUCCGGGGUAUUGCUGCGGCUUUUUGGGUCUGCUCCACCGCGAAAUAGUUCAAGGAAGAAUUAAACAAGAAUACGAUUUAGAAUUAAUUCUUACUGCUCCCACGGUUAAUUACCGCUUAGUUUUAAAUAAUGGGAAAGCAAUCGAAGCCGCUAACCCCCAAAAGAUGCCCGAAUGA